AAUCGCGGUUUCAGUUGGAUCGGACGUGGCACGAGAGCAGAGACACCGACCGCAGACACCAACAGAUCCAAGAUCCGAGUGGGAAGAGGCAGAGCCAGAGGCAGAGGCAGUGGCAGUGGCAGCGGAGCCUAGACAAACAUAAAUUGGAUAUAUCUGAGAUCUUUGAUAGCUGAUCGUUGAUCGUCGGUCGUCGGUCGUCGCUUUCCGAGUGUUUUUUUGUGUCUGUGUGUGUGUGUGUGGGAUCGUGGGAUCCCAGCUGUGUGCGUGUCUGCCGCCUCUGCAAAUAUUGGCCAACAGUUAAUGGCCAUGAAGAAACUCUAUGCCAAGACCUCGUUCAGCAGCAAGAAACCCAAUGCCGUGGUGGCCUCCUCGGGCCCCAUCCUGGCCUACCACCAGUCCUCCGGCCCCGCCGGCGGCAUGUGCGAGUUCCAGGCCCCGAAGGGUGUCCCCGUGCCGGCACCCGGGGCUGCCACACAGCCCGCCGGGGAGUUGAUUCGUCGCAGCCAGAGCCUGCACCGCGUCAAGGGCCUGUCCGAGUACUACAGCAUCGAGGAGCUGCAGGAGCUGGAUCUGCUCGACUACCGCCACCCCAUGUACCACCACUACCAGCAGCAGCAGCAGGAGCUGCUCCUGCGCCAGCGGUCGGCCUACCACGAGCACGAGCAGCUCGUCCUGCAGCUGCCGAAGGCCGACCGGGGCGCGGCACCCAUCUACGAAGCGCCCCACCAACAACACCAGCGAUCCGUCCAGGAUCAGUCGUUUGAGCAGAGCAUUAUCGGGGCACGCGCCUCUGUGAUGGUCUACGACGACAACCAGAAGAAGUGGGUGCCCUCGGGGAGCUCGUCGGGACUGAGCAAGGUGCAGAUCUACCACCACCAGCAGAACAACACGUUCCGGGUGGUGGGACGGAAGCUGCACGACCUCGAGGUGGUGAUCAACUGCUCGAUCCUGAAGGGGCUGAAGUACAACCAGGCCACGGCCACGUUCCACCAGUGGCGCGACUCUAAGUUCGUCUACGGCCUGAACUUCUCCAGCCAGAACGAUGCGGAGAACUUCGCCCGGGCCAUGAUGCACGCGCUGGAGACCGUCUCUCAAUCGCUGCAGGUGCUCAGCGGCCGGGUGGCCAACAACCCGGGCGGACAGCCGACCAAUGGUAACGGGUACGAGGAGGACAUGGGCUACCGCACCAUGACCAGCGAGGAUGCGGCCAUUCUCCGGCAGAACAACGGCAUUGCCGGCCACAUCACGCCCUCGGCCCAGACGCCCACUUCGCAGACCAACCAGAACAACAUACCCCAGAGUCCGCCGACGCCCCAGGGCCACCAUCGCACCAGCAGGAAUUCCCUUAGCGCACCGCCGGCCCCCCAGCCGCAGCAACAGCAGCAGCAGAUGGCCCCGCCCGGACCACAUUACAGACCGCCCGCCGGCAACGGACCCACGCCCAACGGCCUACCGCCGCAGGUGAACCCACAAAUCCCCCCGGCCCCGGGCCAGGCCCUGCAGCAGCCGCAGCAGCCCCAACAACAGCCACAGCAGCCGUACCAGCAGCAGCAGCAGCAACCCGUCUACGCCGCCCAGCAGCAGCAGCAGCAGAUGGUCCAGGCGGGCUAUCCGGGUCCCUCUCAGUACCAGCAGCCGCACUACGUGCUCUCCAAUUCUAAUCCCAAUCUCAAUAUGCAUCAAUACCCGACACAGCCCCCACAGCAGUCUCUGCCGCAGCAGCAGCAGCAGCAGCAGCCCCAGCCGCCGCAUCAGAACGGGGGCGGACCCAUUUACGUGGUCUCGCAGCCCGGCCACGGACACGGCCACAUCCCGAGCUCGGCCAGCGCCAACAGCGUCGUGUACGCCAGCCAGCAACAGAUGGUCCAGCAGCAGCAGCAGCAGCAGCAGCCGCCACAGGCGCCGGCCAUGCCCGCUCCCGGCUACGGUCCGCCCCAGGCACACCCACAGCCGCCGCCGCAGCAGCAGCAGCAGCAGGCGGAGAAUCCGUAUGGCCAGGUGCCGAUGCCGCCGCCAAUGAAUCCGUCACAAGGCCAGAUCCCUCUGAACCGCAUGAGCAGCCAGGGCGGGGGCCAGCCCGCUGCUCCAGCCCCGCCCCCGCCGCCGCCCACCUUCGGCGGAGCUCCGCCAGCGCCGCCACAGAUGUUCAACGGAGCCCCGCCUCCGCCACAGCCGCCGGCUCCACCGGCGCCGCCAGCCAUGGGUGGACCGCCAGCUCCGGGUGGUCCCGGGGGUCCUGGCGCCCCUCCUCCACCGCCUCCGCCCCCGGGAAUGGGCGGAGCGCCCAAAAAAGAUGACCCCCAAGCAGAUCUCAUGGGCUCACUGGCCGUCCAACUGCAACAGUUCAAGCUCAAGAAGAACAAGUCCACGACCUCCGCUCCGGAGAACAGUGGCAGCAGCACCUCGAGUGGAGGCAGCGGAAACUAUGGCACAAUCGGACGCAGCUCCAAUGGCAUGGCCUCCAUGAUGGACGAGAUGGCCAAGACGCUGGCGCGUCGUCGUGCCCAGGCCGAGAAGAAAGAGCCCGAUCCUGAGCCCGAGGUGAAGCAGCGUCCGUGGGAGAAGUCCAACACGCUGCCCCACAAGCUGGGCGGCGGUGCCGGAAACGGCUCUGGGACGAACGGGCCCAACGGCAGCUCUGGCGGAGCUGGCAGCAACACAACGAACAGCGGCGGGGAAUCGCCGCGACCCAUGCGAAAGCGCUUCGGCAGUGCCAGCGAGGAGACCAUUCUGAAGGUGAACGGCGAUGGCCUGUCCCUGGCACUGUCCAACGGAGACUUGGAGACACUGAAGGCUGAGAUAGUGCGCGAGAUGCGCCUGGAGAUCCAGAAGGUCAAGACCGAGAUCAUAGAUGCUAUCAAAUCGGAGUUCAAUCGCAGAUAGAUCAACACAUUAUCAAGAUAUGCGUGGGCCCCGCACUCCCGAAGGUCCAAGUCGGAGGAGCAGCAGCAGUAGGAGCAAGCUUGAAUGCACUCGGUGACCGAAGGAGUGGGGAGCGAUGGCAUGGGCAUAAAUACGUACACAGAAAAGAUACAUACGAGUAAAUAUGUAUAAAGCAUAUGCUCUAGGUUAUAUGUAGGGUUACAUAAACACAAAACACAAACACAAAACACACACACAAACGCAGAAUAGGCGUAUGAGGUGGAACUUUAGUCAAAGUAAUUAUAUUUUUAGUGGGAACUGCUUACCGACUUUUAAGUUACGUCUACGUAUACUUCUAUCUAUUCGGCGACCCUCAGUAUGUAAUUAACUCUACAAUUGUACAUUAUUUUGCAUAAGUCUAAACCAAUUUUAGUGUGAGAACCAGAAUUCUUUCGUUUAUCCUCUCCUCUCCCAAUCCCUCGCUCCCACCAAGCGGAUUUCUUUUAGUUUGUUCUCUGUCAACAGUCCCCCCUACCCUCCCUACCAAAUUUUUUUUGAACCACUUUUGUAAUACAUACCAUUUUGAUGUAUCUCUCUGGAUCGGUGCACGAAUACACAGACACAAUCAAACACACGAACACCCCAUAUGCAUACGUACAUAUAAAAGAACACCCUUUCAUAUAUACAUAACUUUAUAUAGUACCUAUAUAUGGGCAUGGCAUACUCAUUAACCAAACCUAAAAGAAAUUAAGUAUUACGAUUGGAGGCGAGGCGAGGCGAAACAAAACUAUUCCACAAAUGUCAUCCAUCAACGCUCUCUCUCUCUCUAUCUGUCGAUCUCUCAUACUCCCCCAGUCGUCUGGUCUGUGGAGGAGCAACGAGAGAAAGGUCACUUCACUGCAUUUCCCCCCGGACAACAAAACCGAAACCAAUUUCCUAAGCACACGAUCUCAUACGAACUCAAUUUAAGCAACAUCGGAACAAGAACCAGCAAGUCUUCAGCAAAAACAGAAACAGAAACCGAAACAUCAACAGUUCAAAGCGGAAUUGAGUGCGGUGUUCAGGACUCUGACUCUCGAGCAACUUAGCGUUAGAUAUACAAGUAAACAUGCAUUACCCCUGCGAUCUAAGCGAUCUAUACAGCGAAAUUAGAAAGCUAAAUAAACAAUUGACUGCUGCGUAUUAUACAUACAUAAAUAUAUAUAUACAUACUGAUAUAUAAAUAUAAAAGAAAGCCACUAAAUAUUGUACACUCCUCCUCCACUAAAUAUUGUACACUCCUCCCCAGAUUCGGCGGUGGGCGAGCGCCUUCCCGUCCGAUCUUGAACAUAUGAGUACCGAUUUCAACUUCCAUAUACAUACGACUAAGACUAAAUAGUGAAAUUAUUGAAUGAACGCAGAUAACGAGGAUGCGCGGAGGGUCUGGCCUGGCACUAGGGCAGAGGAGGAGGAUGCGGAGUAGGAGCAGCAGAAGAGUUUAGUUCUUAAGGCAUACAAAAGUGAAAUUGUUUAUUAAGUGGACAAGAAAUUUAUUUAUACUGCGGAUCGGAUCGGAUCCGAUUGGAUCGAUCGGUGUAGUUGUGUAUAAUUCGAAUGCAUAUAAAUACGUUUAGUUUUCUGUAAUUUAACGAUCAUUUGAUGUAGUACAUAUAUAUUGACUGUACUGUGCAAGGUGGCGUCGAUAUGCAGACGUACGUACGAGUACGAGUAUGAGUAUAUAGAUUAUAUGGAAUACCUAGUUAUAUGGCGGCCAGACGCGUCAGUCGGAGGCGUAUGUAAAUGUUAUGAUUUUUGUAUUUUUAUAUAUGAUCUUUGCUGCAGCGUUGCGGCAACAAUGGCAGGCAACAAUUUAAUAUUAAAAACACACACGUAAACUAUUUUAAACAAGAGAGAAGGAGAUCGAGCAGAUCGAGGAUACCCGUGCGCGGAGCGAGCGCAUACUUUUUAUGUAUUAAAUUAAAUAUAUAUAUUAUACACUUAUAUACAACAACAAGAAUAUUCAAUAUACAUACGUGGCGAGGCAUAUGCAGAUGCAGGAAGAGACAUUGAGCAAACAUUGACUUGAGAUCAAAAUAUAUAUAAAGUAAAUCAGCAACGGAUUCAUUUAGAACUGUAAGAGCGGCAUAAGUUAUAGCGGCGGAGGAGUCGAGUCGUGGCGAGGCGAGGCGAGGCAAAAGGAAUAGAGGCGCAAACAUUAUAUGCAUAUUCAACAAAAAGAGCGUACAGUGAAAUAAACAACCAACGUUUGUAUGUGAAAACCAAA